AUGGGUGGUAAAGAACAAAAUUCACCUAUUUACGUAAGUCGAAUUAUUCCUGGUGGUGUUGCAGAUCGUCAUGGUGGUUUAAAUCGUGGUUAUCAAUUACUAUCAGUAAAUGGGAUUUCUGUGGAGAGUGAACAUCAUGAAAGAGCUGUUGAACUUUUGAAAUUAGCACAAGGUACUGUGAAACUUGUAGUAAGAUAUACACCACGUAUUCUUGAAGAGAUGGGAGCACGUUUUGACAAGCAAAAAGCUCGACGUCGGCAACUUAGUUAAUACAAAUUUGGAGAUAUGUAUGCAACAUUUUAAUCGUUUCAAGAUCCCCGUCAUAUUAAAAGACUAAUAUUUGAACAAAGAAUAUUCUUUUUGAUAAAUUCUCUUCAGGUUCUACAAUUAUAUAUCCAAAUUAAUAAUCCGAAAAAUGGCCAGCUUAAGAGUAAAGUACAUCGUUUAGAGCAUGUGAAUUUAGGAUUGUGAUAAACAAAAUACAAUAAAAUUGUUAAUGUUAAUAUGACUCAUAUAGAAUGUUAACUUGAAUCUGCGUAUAUGUUAAGUGAAAUUUUAAGAUCCAUGAUCAGAAUAAAUAUGGGUCAAAUAGGGUGACACAGAAAUAAUAGUGCAAUUACAAUUCGAUCAAAUAAGUAAGACGUAAUACGAAGGGAUGAAUGCGAAGUGAAUGAAUCAUGUAUAGGAGACAUUAAUAAUGAUGUUUAACCAA